AUGCUUCGCCAACUACCGCCGCCGCCGUCGCCCCCACUAUCGCCCUCCCAAGAUUUUGCAGCCACUCAGAUAUCCGUUUGUGACUCUAGUGCCGUGACGCCCAGCGAGUGUGCGGAGGACUCGCAAGUUUUUAGAGUCCAGCUCGCUCAAGACACCAACAUUGACGAGGCUGCUUCCAGUCAAGAGAAUACAGCGCCUGUCACCAGUCAAGAGCGAGAAGCGCCUGCGUCCAGUCAAGACGACGUUCGUGGAGACGAGAGCGAAGAGGACGAAGAUGAACCUCUCGAGGACAGUGAUGAAGAGGACAGGAGCCCCGACGACGAUCCUGAUGACGUAGAAGUCGUCACUGGAGAAAGCGCUGGGAGUGAAGUUGAGGAGGACAUAAGUAUCAAUUUGAUUGAGAACGAUGUUCGCCAGUGCGUGACGGACCUGAUUAAUGGAGACGAGCGCGAGAUGGGUUGUCUGAAGGGAAAGUCACGCGAGCUGGAAUGGCUCACGUGCUCUCUUGGCCAGACGACCAAGACGGAGAAGACAACGUGCAUCUUAACACUGGUAGGCGUCUUGAUGCAGACGGAUACCGCAACUAGACGUCGUGGCAAGGGUGAACGCGAGAAGUUUCACUACUACUUGCCGUUCGUCGGCCAACGUCGCGUUCGAGAGGAAAAUAUUGCAGCCAAAGAACAUGGCAACAAACCCAACAAGAAUACCUCCUAG